AUGAGCAACGUAAAACCCAAGAAGAGCAACCAACCGGGCAUAUUCAGCAGAUGCUUGAGGGCAUCAAAAAGGAUGUUAAUGAAGGCGAGGGAACUGUAUGUGGAGGGGAUGACUGACUGUUCGGAGAUGAUUGCUUUCGGGACGGCGAUGGGGUGUCCAUGGGGUCAAGUCAACAUGGGUUUUUUGCCCCGGAGUUACAGCGUUAACCCGUCAAAAUCAUCGAGCAAUAACGAGGAUUUGAGAGAGCUCGUUAGAGCUGCUCCUUCAAGGAGUCUAGGCAAUAGAAUUGAAUCGGAUAGUCUUCAGGGACAAGUACAGGUGCGUAAAAGUGGAUCAAGUAAAAAGAUAAUGCCAAUGCCGAGGAGCUAUAUUGUUGCUGUUGGGAGAAUUGAUGAAGAACAUAUCUUGCUUUUACUAAGGCCUAUGGUUUCACUGUCGGCCAUCAAGUAUUUGCCCGGAUUUUUAGGUUUCCUUCCCUUCAAGCUUGAAACUGGAUACAUUGGCGUGGAUGAGAACCAAGAUGUUCAGCUUUUCUACUAUUUUAUAGAAUCUGAAGGAAACCCAAGUGAGGAUCCCCUGGUGCUUUGGCUUACUGGAGACCCUGGUUGCUCCGCCUUCUCCGGACCUGCCUUUGAGAUAGGCCCUAUGCGGUUUAACAUUGUCAAGAAUAAUGGCAGCUUACCAACCAUGGCCCUGCAUCCUUAUUCAUGGACAAAGGUUUCCAGUAUAAUCUUCCUCAAUGCACCGGUAGGCACCGGAUUCUCCUAUUCGAGGAGCCUGCAAAGUUCCAAGACUGGAGACACAAAGUUUGCAAAACAAGGUUACGAAUUUCUGAGAAAGGGUUAUGUGCUGGGUAACCCAGCAACAGAUUCAAAAUUUGAUGACAAUUCAAAAGUUCCAUUUGCCCAUCGUAUGGCACUUAUUUCUGAUGAACUCUACCAGUCGGCAAAAAGGAAUUGCAGAGGAGAAUAUGUAAAAUUAGACAAGAGCAGUGUACAAUGUGCAAAGGAUCUUGAAGCUAUCCAUGAGUGCACUAAAAGAGUGAAUCAAGCACACAUCUUGGAGAGAAAGUGCACUCCAAUCUCAAGGAAACUAAAUAAAAUGGAUGCCCAUUAUCACAGAGAUCUCCUGGAAGAACACGAUGGAUCCUUGUUUAUGCCUCUUGAUCCUCAGUGCAGGUACUACAAUAACUAUCUUUGCAACAAGUGGGCAAAUGAUAUGAAUGUCCAGAAGGCGCUUCGCAUUUGA